UCGAUAUACAAAAAUAAUCGUUAUUACAUAAAACAACUUAAAAAUUUUCAUUUAAGGUAUUUAAGGACUGACAUUCACGUGACCAAGUCGACGAACGACACGACCUUUUUUAUCGACGUUUACUGUUUACUCCAUGGUUGAUGUACCUCCCUAGUUUCUAGUAGCUGCAGCCUCCAGGUCAGCACUCAGCUGUGAUACUAUGGCCGCUUUGUGAUAAAAGUGACUAUUUACAGAGUUUACAAAAACUAUUAAACUCUACUUAUAGCAAGUGUUGCUUGCAUAUAAAAAUGUUUUUCUAAAGUUGCUGCAAUACAAAAUGCUUUAUGGUCAACCCAAGUUCGUUCGCCGACUGAAUCAGGUCUUAUAUGGGACUUGAACAGCAUAGUUACAGUUUUGAUAUGCGUAUUGUAACCUACCAUAAAUCUGAAGAGCUUUAUUAUGAUGUGAUUAAUUUAUUAUACCAAAGAAGAAAAUGCUUGAGAAACUGAUUUAAACAGAUAAGAUUGCAAUCAGUUUUAAAAAAAUUCCACUACUCAGGGUGAAAAAUGUGGAAACACGUAAAUUUGAAACAAUGCCUUUGAACGAAAAUCCACUUGUAAACAAUCGAAUGAUAUAUCAACCACUACGUAAAACUCUUAACUGAUAAGUUAUGCACAACUUGACGCAUGAAUUUCAAUCCAAACAACAGAAUCGUGUAAUAAUAUUACAAGUUGUGUGCUUCAAGCUGGUGAGAACAGUCUAGUGAGAUGAAGAAUAAUGUAAAUAGUAUAUUAACAAAUCUGAGUGAUGAUCUAUUAUUUAUAACACAAGUUUUUUGUUACGAUAAACUAGCUGAAUGUUUUUUUAUAAAUUUAUAAAUAUAGUAAAUUGAUUUUUUUGCAACAUGAUCAACAAUCAGCAAAGAAUAGUCUUAAGCACAGGAGAUGCUGGUAUUCAGCAUCAGCCAGUUUCUGCAAAACCAUCAAUAGUUUCUGUAUCAAGUAUAGAUUCAGACGUCAGUGAUCGACGUGAUAUAAGGGAGGCUCUAUAUACAGGAAUAUUCAAAAGACAUAGAAAAACUAUUUUGGUACUUGGAAGCUUUCUUAAAAUGUUAAGGAAAUACUUGGACAGAAUGCAUGCUCUGAAUCAAGUUUUUGCCCCUAUUGCUACCCGUUUAGAUACAGUUGUAGAGCAUAAAUUUUGGUAGACGGUAUAUUUGAGAAAAAAAUAAAAAAACUGGUAACUAUUAUAUAUUAUGUAUGUGAAAUAACGUUUUUAAGAAAUGUUUAUACUCGACUUCUAUUAUUUCAUCUUCAAUAAUAAUGUUUAUUAUUUUAUGUUAUAUUCACCCUCUAAUUAAAUUAAAUAUCGACAUUUUAAUAAAUGUUUUUAUUAGAUAGAAAUUUUAACAAUGUUCAAAGUAUUAGAAUAGAAAUACAUUGUUAAGUAUAAACAUGCUAAUGCCAAUAUCAAAUGCAAUGCCUUACUAGUCAAUAUUCUGAUGUAAAUUGGGGCUCUGUUUAUUAAUUCUAUUAAAAUUUAUUGCAGAUAUAUGAUGAAUAAAAUUGUAUGUUUUAUUAGUUUAAACACAUGCAAUGAGGGUAUUCAAAAUCAGCAUUAAGUGAACAAUUGAGCAUUUUUAUGAAAAAUGUAAUAUUUACAAAAGAUUUAAUAAUUUUUUUAUAAGAAAACUUUCAAUUUAAAUCGUGUAAAGUUAAUGUUUGGCAUGAAAUAAAUUUGCGGUUUACCAACACUCAUGUCUGGAUUUUACCAAGUUUUUUAUACAAACACUCUGCCAAUACUAGAAAUUGUCAAAUCUACAUGAUAUCAGAAAUGUAUGACGUUCUAAUUUCAAAAUAUUGGAUAUGUUAAAAAUAUUUAAAACAAGCUUAAGAAAAAAACAGCCAUCAUAUUAAUUUUCUAAAAAUCAAAUAUUUAUUCACUUGGUCAAUUGAGAUUGUGUUGUUGUAAACAAACAAGUUGAGCAUAUUAUAAAAGACUGAAUUUUGUGGUUGUGCUUUCAUUUUAAAAUGCUGUAUUAGUCACUUAAUAAAAAUGUAUGGCUUUGGUAUAAUAUAAAUACAAGAACAUUCUUGCUUGCGAUUUAUUUUUAACCGUUGUAAAAUAAUUUGAUGUAUGAUGCCAGUAAAAGAAAAUAUUGUUAUGGCAAUUUAAAAAGUUGAAUUCAAAAUAAUUUUUAAUUAUAAAUUUAUCUUACAAUUACAACAUGAUGAUUGGUAAAUAAAAACUUGAUAAAUUUUUAUAAAAUGACUGAUUUAUAGAUUUUUACAUGUGAAAAUCAAGAGUAGUUGUAAAAAAAAGUUAUCCAAGGUAUAGGACUUGUAAAAUAUACAAAUUGUGGCAAUAGAAUAAUCUCUUACCAAUCUGUGUAUAUACACAUAAGUAUAAUUUGUAAAAUAUAAGAGCCGCAUACAGCUUAAUAUUGUACAAUACACACACACACACACACACACACACACACACACACACACAUAUAUAUAUAUAUAUAUAUAUAUAUAUAUAUAUACACACCAAUACAA